AUGAAAAAGGUUCAUGGAUGGUUCAAAUCCUCCCAACAACAUCGUCUCUCCUACUUGGACUACUUGGACUCUGAACCCUUUCAGAAAGGCCGUUUACGCUCCUCCUCCGAUGGUCUGAUUUGUCUGUCCAGACCCAAUGGAGAUUUCGUUGUUUGCAACGUUAGUACGGGACAACGUAUUUCCCUUCCAAGAAUCCAAUUCCACUCCCCCCAUCAGCUUUCAACCUGUCCGCUGUUGGGGUUCGAUUCACAAUCUAAAAGAUACAAGGUUUUGAUAUCAGCCAGGAUGAUUGAUCGGCGGUCCAUUUGCUUCGAGUAUAAGCAUUGGAUUUUGACUGUGGGAGUGGAUAAAUCAUGGAGGGAGAUCGACUAUUCUUCCCACCCCUUUGAUGGCUAUGGCAGCCCUAUCAAUCCCGAUACUAGUAGUGUCUACAUAGACGGUGUUAUCUAUUCUUAUAAUUGGCUGACUAAAGCUGACCAUCCUAGCCUCCACAUAGUAGCAUUUGAAGUUGGGUCUGAGAGUUAUUCUUUGAUACCAUUUCUAGCUGAAGUUUCUUCAUCGCAUUGGUAUCUUUUAGUUGGUUAUUUAGCUCCAUUUAGGGAAAAAUGCCGAGCUCUUAUCAGAGAUUUUGCAUUGCUACAAGUUGAUGGAGGUCGCCUGGCUAUUGUUUUAAUUCGCAGAAUAGGCCUCCUAUGCUACAUGGAUGUUUGGACUUGGGAGAAAUCUAAGGAAAGAUGGGAGAAGAUUACUGCGCCUCUUCCAUUAGAAGAGAGUAAAACAAUCAAGGAAGUAGAAUACCUGCGCUAUACUACGAAUAAUAAUGCGGAGAUUGUGUUGUUAUGUAUAAAUAGAGAACGGUUUUUCAUUUUGAUUUGUAACUUGAAAAGUGAGGUUUGGAGACAAUUUGAUGUAGGUGGAGUUGAGGAAUUUCCAAUUCUUUGCCCUACCGAUGUUAGAAUGUAA